GUUCGAGUCGAUAAUAGGUUCAAUCACUUGCUUCCUGACUUUUAUGGUUACAGCUUACUCUUUUAGCUUUGAAGAGCAUCAUAUUCACACAUUUGAGUCAAAGGCUUAUUUCUAUUUACUAUACUAAAUUAGCGACGUCUACAAUUUGCAAGUCAAUUAAUUAGUUGAAAGCAAAAAUACAAACUUCCAACUUAACAGUACAAUCUUUGCAUUUCAAGGUCAUGUCAGAGCGAGGUCCAGAUCAAUGGUUCGAGGACAUUAAAAACUGCAAAGCUCUUCCGGAAAAUGAUAUGAAGCAACUAUGCGAAAAAGUCAAAGAUCUUUUAAUGGAGGAGUCAAACAUUCAACCCGUCAGGUCCCCUGUUACCGUUUGUGGUGACAUUCAUGGACAGUUUCACGAUCUUCUUGAAUUGUUUAAAAUUGCGGGAGGCUUUCCCUCUCAGUCUGGCCUAAGCACUAAUUAUAUCUUUUUGGGUGAUUACGUCGAUAGAGGGUACUUCUCGCUUGAAACUUUCACGUUAUUAAUGAUUCUCAAAGUCAAAUUUCCACAGCAUAUAACAUUGGUGAGAGGCAAUCAUGAAUCGAGACAGAUAACGCAAGUGUACGGAUUUUAUGAAGAGUGUUUGAACAAAUAUGGCUCAACAAUGGUGUGGAAAUACUGCUGUCAAGUGUUCGAUUUCCUUACUCUCAGUGCAAUAAUAGACGGCAAAAUUCUUUGUAUCCAUGGCGGUCUUUCUCCAGAAAUUCGUAUGCUGGACCAAAUAAGAGUUCUAAGCAGGGCUCAGGAGGUGCCCCAUGAGGGAGGAUUUUGCGACAUUGUUUGGUCAGAUCCGGAUAAUGUAGAUACUUGGGCGAUUUCUCCAAGAGGUGCGGGGUGGUUGUUUGGGGCAAAGGUAGCCAGAGAGUUUAAUCAUAUCAAUAAUCUGCAGUUGAUCGCGCGCGCUCACCAGCUAGUCAUGGAAGGAUUCAGGUACCAUUUUCCUGAUAAAGACGUGGUAACUGUCUGGUCUGCCCCAAAUUACUGCUAUCGAUGUGGCAAUGUUGCCAGCGUGAUGAAAGUGGAUGACAAUUUGAACGUCAAUUUCCAAAUCUUCAGUGCCGUUCCAGAUGACACGCUGAAAAUCAACCCAUCUAAGAACCAAAAAAAUGGAAACGAAUACUUCUUAUAAUGCAUUAUCCAUGAAAGCCUAAUGAAUAUGAGCCUCACAUUGAAAUUGAUGUCUUUGAUGUCUGAGGAACUGAAUGAUUACGUGAAAAAUGUUUGUAUCCUUUGAUAGCGUAGGCCUACGUAUUGACUAUUUGAUAUUUUAUGUACCUCUUCCUAUGUUCUACAGCUAUCUGUACGGAAACUCGACCGCUUCAGUGACACUAGGGUAACGGACAACACUUCAUACUACCUAGCGUGAAAAGAAAUGCAGCGGUUGUGCUUCUUGCUCCAUUUGGAAGUAAUAGCUAGCUACCGUUCAUUUUAGCGAGUCAAAUUCAACACAAAUUAC